AUGCCAAAUAUCUCACAGACUCAAUCGUCGUGCACUCAAUCGUCGUGCACUCAAUCGUCGUGCACACUUUCGACCACAUUUAAUAGUCUACACACAAAACAACGUCCAAAUUCUCUACUAAGAUUUACAGGUAUAAUCUCUUCAUCUUCAAAUUUGAAGAUCAAUUUAGUAGAACCAAUACUUUUCAUACGCGGCAGUCCGCAAGAAUCUACCGGUUGCUUCCUGCGAGGAGAAUUAUGUUUGAACUUGUCAAAGCCGAUGAAAAUUAAGAAGAUCGAAAUGAAAUUUGUUGGUAAACUAAAAACUUUUUGGCCCGAAGGAAAAAUUUCCUAUAACGCAAACUCGAAUCGUAAUGAUCUAUGUGAGAAACGCGAAAUAAUCACACAUGAUUGGACCUUCCUCGCACCAAUCACAUCAUCUGACACUUCUAAUGUUACUCAGUAUCAGUUACUACCAGCUGGCAUCCACACUUAUCCAUUUGAACUCUUCUUGCCUGGUAACCUUCCAGAAACAAUCAAAGCCUAUCGAGGGAACGUCACCUAUAAAUUAGUAGCAAAUGUUGUUCGUCAAGGAUUUCUGCCGAAUGUAAAUAUUACUCGUUAUGUACCUAUCGUAAGAACCUUAUUGGAUGAACAGAAUUCUCAAGGAUUAUCUGUGUCCAAUACGAAAGAAAGUUUAAACUAUGAGAUUAGCAUACCGAGGAGGGCAUAUGCAUUAGGUGACACUAUAGAAAUUGAUGUAAAAUUGCGGCCAACGGUAAAAAAUUUACGUGUUAUUGGAGGGAAGAUUGAGUUGAAUGAGGAUUCCACAUAUAAAGCUGGUACACAGAAAUAUCGAGAAAUAAAUUCGUUGAGCUCACUGCAAGUCAAAGAUUACGGUGAACAACGAAUACCGAUGGAAAGGAGAAACAUCAAUGAAGGUGAUCUCAGCAACAAUACUCUUGAAGAUGAAUAUAUCGUUAUCCCAGAAUCUGACCUUGAAGACGAAAAUGUCUAUUAUCACAAUCUGAUCACUUUCCCAAUUCCAAAACGCACAAAUUCCACCCACCCUUCAUGUAAAUCUUCUUCAAUUACUAUAACACAUCAGUUAAAGUUCACGUUCACCACAUCGGAAUUAUUAACCAAUGGAACUUUAAAGAAGAGGAAAAAAACAGAAGUAAAAGUGGAAAUACCAGUUAUACUGCUUUCGUGUAGAUGCGCUUCGGAUGAGUUGCCCACUUAUGAAGAAGGUGAAUAUCUAGGGGAUAGUGGUUACUACAUUUACGGUGAAAGUAAUCUCGACAGCGGUUAUACAAGUGAAGGAAGUGAAAGCCACUUGGAGAGAUCAGCAGUGGAACCACCACCGAGUUACUAUGACUUGCAUUAA